ACAAAAUUAAAAAGAAUUAAUCUUAGUCUCCAAGCUCGUGAUAAAAUAAUUGCUACAUGUUGUGCACACCGAAAUACUGGAGCUGAAAUUGCAAUGAAAUUGUUGGCACCAUAUAAUAACACAAAUGAAAAUCAGCUUAAAUAUGCAUGUGAAA